CUGUUUAGGGCCAGUUUCUUCUGCAGAUGAUGACUGUGUUGCAGAUAAACCCAAUCACUCCAUGCUGUUUCUCACAUUCCCGAUAGCUUUUGAGCUGUUGAGACCAGUCCGGUGACCGGAAGCCAUGGCCGCCGCCAGCGAAGAGGAUUCAAACAAGCUACCCUCAACACUCCACGACCCGACCCGACCUCUCCUCUCUAAGCCGUAUCCUCCGAUCGACGAUCUUAUAGCCCCCAGCUCCCAAUCAGACACGGAAGACCAAUCCCAGUUUCUCCAGAUCUCUUACAACUACGGCCCGCGGCAUAUCAAGGACCUCCCUUUCCUCAUCCUCUUCUCAAUCCUCGUCCUCUCCACCUAUGGCUUCGGAAUAUAUGCCUCCGUCAAACGAAACCCUCACCGCUCCCACAUCUCUUCAUAUGUUUACAACGCCACGUCCCUUUCCUGCACUCUCCCAGAUUCAGAUGACCUUGUUUUUCUGCGAUUAUCUGAUUCCGGCGUAUUGAAGAGCUUGAUUUGGACUCUGGUGGUUACUCUGUUCUUAAGCUUGCCAUUUGUGCUCUUUGUGCUUUUCUUGCUCAAGCGUUAUACUAAGCAAAUAGUUUACUCUGUCUUCCCUUUCUUUAUUAUCCUUCCGGUGGCUGCGAACAUCUACUGGUUCGUGGCCUGCACUGUGAACUCAAGUUGCAGCGACGCAUUUCCAAUGGGGUAUAGGAUCUUGGUGCUUGCUUUCGUGUUCUUGAUCAUAGGGGUGGUUGUUUGGAUCUUCAUUGUGAAUUGGCAUCGGAUAGAAUUGACCGUGCGUAUAAUCGGAGUUGCUUCCAAUGCCCUCUCAAAGAAUUUGAGGUUGUUUGGGGUGCUCCCGGCAUUGACAUUUGGGCUGUUCGUUUACUAUGCUCCCAUUGUUGUUUUCUUGAUUUUCGCAAGGAUGAACGGGAAGGUUGUGCCCAAGGGAGAAUACUAUUGUGGUUGGAAGCAAGACAAAUGGGUGCCUGCAUACUAUGCUUUAGCUAUUCUCACAAUGCUAUGGUCUGCCACAACAAUGAUAGAAGCUCAGGUGUAUGUGAUCAGUGGGACAAUAGCACAGUGGUACUUCUCCAAGGACAAUUCAAGUUCCAAAAAGAGCAUAAGAAGCUCCAUUAGAAAUGCUUUUGGAACAUCUUCAGGCACACUGUGUUUUUCUGGGUUGAUUGUGUGUGUUGUUCGUGUGGUGCGUUCCGUGGUAGACAGUGCAAGACAAGAGGCUCCCGGCAUUGUAAAUGUCAUCCUUAGGUUCUGUGUUAGCACCCUUCUCUCAGCAGUUGAGUUCCUUAACAAGUUCACAAUCAACUUUGCUGCCAUUACUGGCGAAUCAUACUGCACGUCUGCCAAGAUGACAUACGAACUUCUAGAACGUAACCUCUUAUCAGCUGUAGUUGUGGAGAUCAUUUCCACACGCAUACUUGCUGGAAUUGUCGUAGUUCUUUCUGCAAUAUAUGCCAUCUUGGUUUGUGCUGUGUUGAUAGCUGGGUUUCACCUAGGAGUGGACGCGUACUUUGUUUCUGCAAUGGCAUGGGUGCUGCUGAUUGUGGUUCUGGCGUUCUUCGUCCAUGUGCUGGACAAUGUAAUUGACACGGUAUAUGUGUGCUACGCGGUAGACAGGGACAGGGGAGACAUGAGUAAGCAAGAGGUACACGAUGUGUAUGUUCACCUCCCAAUCAGUAGGAGUGUUAGGUCAACUUAUGUUCCCACAGCUGCCGCGGCCGCUGUAUAACCAAACCCUCUUUUAAAACUGGGUUUCUGUUGUAACUCCAAAAGUUUUUUUUUUUGUUUUGUUGAGGUCAUGAUGGUAUGUUGUACAAUUGUCGGCCUGCAGGCAAGCUUGUGAUUCUUGGGAGUGUUCUUUAACUCCCUGCUUCCUUCUUCCCUGGUGUAGCCAGAACGCUACAUAGAUUUUUCCCAAUAAGUGAAUAGUCAUGCACUUGUUUUAGGACACACCUGUUGCAUUCUACAUUGUACUGUCAAGCAUUUUUGACCAAUGUUAAUCAUCUUGUAAAACUUUUGGGUCUGGUUU